AUGUUCGGCAAUGUCUGGAUGUUGAAGUUGCUGAUUUUCGUGGCAGUGACGGCGCAGAGUUCUUUGGUGGCUGACAGUCGGUUCGUGAGCCGUAGUGAAGGUUUUGUGAGUGGUCGCGGGUUACGAUUGCAGGAGUUGGCGCACCGAAAGACGGGUGCACGGUUAGUAGUGGUGGUACCAAAAGAGAAGGACAAGGAAAAGGGUUUUGCUGUAAGUUUCCGGACGCCAGCGGUUGAUGACACUGGAGUGACACAUAUACUGGAGCACUCAGUUUUCGAAGGCAGCAAGAAGUACCCUGUCAUGAAUUCGAUUUCACAUUUCGACCGUUCAUCCAUGGCCACCUUUGUGAACGCCAUGACGGCCCCGGAGACCACCAUGUACCCCGUCGCCACCGUCGACGCCCAGGACCUACUCAACCUCGCUUCCGUCUAUCUCGACGGAGUUUUCGACCCCCUAAUUCUCACCGAUCGUACCGGAUUCGACCGCGAAGGCUGGCACUACACACUCCGGCCACCCGGGGUUGGAGGACCCACAUUGGCGUAUGGUGGAGUAGUAUAUAAUGAAAUGAAGGGGGUCUACAGCAACCCCAAAAGCUUGGUUAGUCGUACAGUACGACGUCUGCUAUAUGAGAAUUCCACAUUAGGACUAGAGUCUGGGGGUCAUCCAGAAUACAUACCGUCAUUGAGUUAUGAAGACGCCAUCAAAUACUAUAAGCUGCACUAUCAUCCUUCAAACGCCUACUUCUAUUAUUAUGGUGAUCUUGACCGGUUCAAUGAAUUGCUCGAUCUCAUUGACCAUUACUGCAACAUGUCCCAACUUCGUUUUCAAAAAGAAUUCAAAACUCUCGGUGAGUGGAUACCGUCCAAAACGGCCAUCAAGCUGCCUCAGUUGCCACAGCGAUCUCAACCUUGGCCGAACCCCACUUCUUGGCCGAACCCUACUUCUUGGCCGAACCCUACUUCUUGGCCGAGCCCAACCCCGUCCUCUUACCAGUUCGGUAGCUUCGUACCUUACACGGGCCACCUGUCUACGUCGCCUGUGGGCAGCGAAGACAGUCCGAACGUGAAGGUGGUGCGGCAACGAGUACCUAGCACGAAUAACAAAUCCUCAAUUCGUGUGGACUCACUGAUCGACUUUGCCAAGAACUACUCCGCUUGCGACCUACAAGCUAUCAGUGUCUUGAGCUCCCUUUUCGCAGCCACGAAAGAGUCUCCGCUUUGGUCACGACUUGAGGCCGAGCAUCUCGGCGAACACGUGGUCGGUGGCAGCAUUUCCACCGCGUAUCCGGCAGUGCAGUUCGCACUUCAAAUCGAUGGCGUAGACCCCGACUGGGUGUGCCCCGAAGAGGAAGAGGAAGAGUACUCGGCACACAUGAACAAGUCGUCUCCAUUCAGUCAGCCGGCAGAAGGUCAUACCUCAGAGGGUCAUCCCUCAGAAGGUCGGGGUCAGCGACAUUGUGCGGGUUUGGGUAUCGCGGAGUACUUAUUACAGAUCAUUGACGAGGAAGUGGAGCGUGCAUCCUUUGAUCAUUCGCGAGUUCACAGUUUGCUUAAACGUUUAGAAUUCUCUUUAAAGGCGCAACGUUCCACACGUUCGACGCAUGCGAUCGAGGUCUUCGAGGACAUAAUUGACCCCUGGAUUUAUGAUGACGACGUCUUUAAAUUGCUGGACACUGAUACUCACUUGUCCUGCGUGCGCGCGCGUUACAGCGAAAAUCCCAAUUACUUCCGUGAGUUAUUGCACAACUUGCAUCCAUUGAGGGGUAGAAAGGUAGUCGUCAUGAAAUCCAUUGGCAAUAAGGAGGUUUCUAAAGAACGGGAACAGAGCGAGCGACUUAAACUACGAAGGAUACAGAACACUAUGAAGCCUACGGAACUUAAACAAAUCGCUCUCUAUGCACAACAGCUUGAAGAUGCCGUCAAUGGAGGCGAUUCUGACGACAACCUUGCCACUCUACCUACCCUCUCUAUUCAUAAUAUUAACCCCAACGUUGACGAAGACUCCUAUCAACUCCAUCUCCUCCAACCCAGCAGCGCACAUGUGCAAAGAGACACACUCUCUUUUCACAUUCCGACAGCGAACGAUCCGAUACAAAUACGGGGCAGACACGGGCAGACGCGGGGCGGGGAUCAGACGCUGCAUGAGUCCCGACACAGCGCCGAACAUUGGCUCAAGUACUUCUCCGGACUCAGAGGCCACGUGGGUCACACAUCCGAUCUCUCUCCAGAAAACCUCCAUGGCGAGGCACUACCCGCUGAAAAGCACGCCUCGAAAGAGCUAGCCGCAGACGAGCUGCCUCUGGAAGAGCUGCCCGCGGAUGAGUACGAUCUCGCCGGGCAGGCACUCGUGCUCAGGCACACAGCCUCCGCGUCCGGGCCAACCUCGCCAUUUGGUGACGGCGUGGUCGAGACGCAGUGGUUCAUUGAGGAGGCGGCACCUUGGGAUAGAGACCGGGAGGUUGUAGGCUCGGAGGUAAGGGACCUGAGUCCUUUGGGAGACCUGAGUGCUUUGGAAGACCUGAGUCCUUUGGAAGACCUGAGUCCUUUAGAGUUGGUCCGAGCAACAGAGUCGUCAUCGUCGUUGUCUGAUGGGGUACCUUUGUUCUAUUAUCCGGCGUCUACUGGAGGGUUGGCAUUUGUGACGUUGCACUUUGACUUAAGUGACUUGGGCCUGGAGGAUUUGGCACAUGUAGGUUUGAUUAGUUACUUAUUCAAUCACGGUUAUGUUGCCAAUUAUUCGCCGAAAGAAUUGCGUGAAAAGCUAGAUGCGUAUACAGGCGGGCUGUCAUUUGAUUGGUUUGUGAAGGAGACGAAGCGGUUCCGUUCGGAUCAGGUUUCCAGUCGGUCGGAAGGUGCGGUUACAGGCUCCCUUAAGUUCCGUUGUCUGCUAUCGGAUCUGGAGAUCUGUGUGACCUUGGUUGAAGAUAUUUUGCUUCGACCCAACUUUGAACACCCUGGCAACGCUGCAAUCGCACUCAAUUGGCUGAGCAAGGAAAAGAACUCACGUGAGGCGCUCCCGCUUAAAAAUCCCAACUCUGUCGCCUCACAAAAGGUCCGCGGCCUCGUCAACCUCCGUAGUCGCCUCGUAGAACUCAUAGACGGAGUCGACUCGGUACAGUUCUUCCUGAAACCUCUACUCGAUGAAGUCACCCAGCACUCCGCCUCUCAACAACAGUCGGAAGCAGGUGACAAGGACACACCACAGAACCCGCCGGCACAGUCUGGCUGGCAGUUCGGAUUGGGCAAACGGUUGAAGCGAACCUGGAGUCGAGUGUUAGCUCAGCAGAACCUGGCCCUGCAGUUGACGGGAGACGCGGGGUUCGCGGAGGUGCGGGAACGGUUGUUGCGUUUAGUGGAUAAGUUACCGACACGUGUGGGAGAACCGUCCUACACCUUGGCUGGUGGACGUCAGGACCGGCCUAGUGUGUGGUUGCAGGAAUUGCGGGGUCACUGGCAACCGGCGACAGAUGGUGUCGCACAGACGGUAGCUGCGGACAUCCUUGUCAACUACAACUAUCUCUUGGUCCCUCUACAGGCCGAAGGUGAGGAUACUCACAUGCACUGGAGCCUGUGUGCAAAAAUCCUGGGCAACAAAUACCUCACUCCACGAGUACGCAUGGUCGGCGGUGCAUACGGCGUCUGGAGCACCUACAACUACCAUGAUGGCUACCUUGUAUUCGGCAGCUACCGCGACCCGCACCGUAACCAGACCUUCGAGGCAUACCGCGCUUCCGCACCCGUCCUUGCCAAAGUCACUCGCCCUGAACUCGACGGAUACGUCAUCCGAUUCGUAGCAGACAUGGACAAACCCGCCAGCGCUCUCGAAAAAAGCAACCGACAAUUCAACCGCUGGGCCGAACAUGUCACACGGGCACAACGCCAAGCCUACCGCGACGAGAUCAUCCACCUUGAUCUCCAACAUGUCCACCACUUCAUGCACGUCCUCAACCAAACACUCGUCAACCAAACCGGCAUCAAAGUCACUGUCGGAACCAACUAG